AUGGCUGAUGUUAAUGAAGGCAAAAUGGACGCUGACAAAGGGGCUAAAGAUGAUAACCCACAAGCUAGCCUCCCCAUCCGUUCUUACUUAGAUAGCACAGUUGUACCCAUUCUGUUGCAAGGACUCUCUGAGUUAAGCCAGGAAAGACCAGAUGACCCUGUUGACUUUUUGGGCAAUUAUCUGAUCAAGAAUAACCCAAACCGCAAGUAAUUGUAAAAGAAUCGUUUAACAAGAAAGUAAUUCUUGGGAAGUUAAGAUUCAAAAUUUGAUAAAUUUUGGAAAAUUUUCAAUUUUUUU